CCUCCAUUUCUACUUGUAGCCUUAGCCCACAAGCGUCUUCACUUUACUUCACCUAGAUCCCGCACAAUCUCCUUGUCCCAAUGGCCGAUCAAACUCAAGAGUGUCGAUUUUCUCUCUCCAGUACGCUUUCUCCCGGAGAACGAGAAAGUCAUGACACUAUUCGUACACAGACAGAGUCUGGCGAUGAAGUUGAGCUUCUACGUCAACAUGAAGCGAAUUCGAGGCAAUCCGAAGAUGAUACACAAGCAGAUCGAGCGAAUGGCCACGAGCAACCAUCUAAGGACAGAAUAAAAUUCAAAGAGGACGACAUUGCGCAGACUACACUCGUAGUACUGCCUACGCCGUCAUGUCCCACACCAACGCCGCCACAUUGCACAACGCAUACGUCGAGCAGGUCAAUCUUGACAUCUGCUACAGACAGGCUCUACGACAUCUCUCACAAACCUCAGUACGCCUCUGGUACUUCCAUUGCUAUUGCAGCCGCACUUCCAGGAGCCCAACAUUCAUCUCCACGUAUACGUUCUCCCCUCCCAUCUCUUGGUCCACAAAUCCCGAUCAACCGUCUCGAAGGCGGACCUUUGAAACAUAAAUUACGAAUGAAUGAGAAAUUUGAGAAGUUCGUGCUUACGCGGACGACGGCGAGACGAAGGGCGUUAUUUGCGGUAUUCAUCGCUGUAAUGGCCAUCACCGUCGUUGGAGUUAUUUGGGGAUUACAAGGAAGCAGGAAUAACGAUAACACAGAGAUGGUUAGUCGAACGGUGUCUUUGAAGAGGAGUAUCGGGUAUCUCUGUUCUGAACAAGAGAGGCGUGAAGUUGGGUGCGAAUAAGAAGAAAGUGAAAAAGCAGAACUGCAGAGAUCAGAAUGAGAGACAAGCGGAGAGAGCUGACGGCUUGAGUUUUGAGUGAGGUACUUCCCUCAUAAUAAGAAAACGGGCUAUCUAGUACCUUAUUCGUCUCCUAUUGAGUCUUAAGUCUCUCUAUUAC